GGGCGGUAGGGAGGCGGUUUCAUAAAAACCACACCGCGGAGACCGAACCGAGUCACASAGAGCUGCUGCGCCACGGAGAGGACUCACCGGGCUGGACCGAAUGCUGUCCCCGACACCGGACUCUGCCGCAGACACUUCCCCACAGCAGCCAGAGGCGAGCGGGCGCUGUCACUGACCUCCACUCGGACAGGGAAAAAAGGACUUUAUCUCACUAAACCAGUCAGUGUUGUUGUUGUUCCCCCCACGCGUGAGGAGAAUCUCAACACGGGGGGGUUCGUGUUGCCCGCCUCCUGCGGUCCUUAUCUAACCGAGUGAAGGUGUUGCAGCUCCAGCAGGUGAAGUCCUCCUGGCCGCUCCUGGUCCAGUGUCUCCUGGAGGAGCCGUGUGUCUGUGUGCAGCAGAGCGGAGGGGCAAGGAGCCGUCAUGGAGAACGCUCACACCAAGAGUGUGGAAGAAGUUUACACUUUUUUCUGCGUCAACGAAAGCACGGGACUGUCCCCGGAGGAGGUGAAGCGACAGCGGGAGAAAUGGGGCCUAAACGAGUUACCAGCAGAGGAAGGGAAAUCAUUAUGGGAGCUCGUCCUCGAACAGUUUGAAGAUUUACUUGUUCGAAUUCUUCUCCUGGCUGCGUGCAUAUCUUUCGUGCUGGCCUGGUUUGAGGAGGGAGAAGAAACUAUCACAGCAUUCGUGGAGCCUUUUGUAAUUUUACUCAUUCUAAUAGCCAAUGCCAUCGUCGGGGUGUGGCAGGAGCGAAACGCUGAGGAUGCCAUCGAGGCGCUGAAGGAGUACGAGCCUGAGAUGGGGAAAGUGUACCGGCAGGACAGAAAAACUGUGCAGAGGAUCAAGGCCAGAGACAUCGUCCCGGGGGACAUCGUGGAGGUGGCUGUUGGAGACAAAGUGCCUGCUGACAUCCGCAUCUGUUCAAUCAAAUCAACAACUCUGAGAGUGGACCAGUCCAUCCUGACAGGUGAGUCUGUCUCUGUCAUCAAACACACCGACCCCGUCCCCGACCCUCGGGCUGUCAAUCAAGACAAGAAGAACAUGCUCUUUUCUGGCACCAACAUUGCAGCUGGGAAGGCCGUGGGCGUUGUUGUGGCUACAGGCGUCAACACAGAGAUUGGUAAGAUCCGUGACGAGAUGGCAGCCACCGAGCAGGAGAAGACCCCUCUGCAGCAGAAGCUGGACGAGUUUGGUGAGCAGCUGUCCAAAGUCAUUUCCCUCAUCUGCGUCGCCGUGUGGAUCAUCAACAUCGGGCACUUCAACGACCCCGUUCACGGAGGCUCCUGGAUACGCGGAGCCGUUUAUUACUUUAAGAUCGCCGUGGCCCUGGCUGUAGCUGCCAUCCCUGAAGGCCUUCCUGCUGUGAUCACUACCUGCCUGGCCCUGGGAACCCGCCGCAUGGCCAAGAAGAACGCUAUUGUCCGUAGCCUGCCCUCCGUGGAGACCCUGGGCUGCACCUCUGUCAUCUGCUCGGACAAAACCGGCACACUGACCACCAACCAGAUGUCUGUCUGCAGAGUGAGUCUCACAAACACAUACUUAUAUAACUGCAACUGUUGGUGCGUUAUCGUCUUUAUUUGCCUGAUGUCUGAGUAUAAUCAGGAUUCAGACCAGUUUCCAGGGUUUUUACACAGAGUGGAUAAGGUGCUGCUCUUAUCUGCACUGAGCCACAGAGCUGCUGUUGCAUAACUGACCUCGUUGUCAUCAAGCUGCAAACCAACCACCCUGA